AUGACGCAAUCGAACAAGCCGGUCACACCGCUCAUUAUCGACAAUGAAUCAAUUGAGACCGAUAUCAAAUUCGAGGUUCACGCCCCCGCCACCGGUGAGCUGAGUGGCUACUGUGCUGGUGUGUCGGUCGACGAGGCCAACCGGGCAGUCGACUCGGCACAGGCUGCCUUCCGCGGAUGGAGCAAGACCUCAGCAUACGACCGCCGCGACCUCCUGAUGCGGGCCGCCGAUAUCAUGGCCGAGCGCAAAGAGGAGUUGAUCCAGUACCAGCGGGAGGAAACAGGUGCAGGACGACCUUUCUCGGAGUUCACCUUCAAUCUGGGUGUUGCAUUCAUCAAGGACUUCGCGGCUCGGAUUCCUACAAUCGAGGGUGUCGUGCCCAACAUCAACCGGGAGGGUGAGGGUGCCAUGGUAUACAAGGAGCCGUAUGGAGUGAUUCUGUCAAUUGCGCCUUGGAACGCCCCUUAUAUCCUAGGCACACGCGCCGUUGCGCUUCCUCUGGCGGCCGGUAACACUGUCGUUCUCAAGGGCUCUGAGCUCUCACCCAAGUGCUUCUGGGCUUUGGGUGAUGUCUUCCGGCAAGCUGGUCUUCCGGCAGGAUGUUUGAACGUCAUCUUCCACCGGCCCUCCGACGCUCCGGUCAUCACCAAUGCGCUGAUCGCCCACAAGGCUGUGCGCAAGAUCAACUUCACCGGUAGCACAAUGGUCGGCUCGAUCAUUGCCUCUACUGCUGGAAAGCACAUCAAGCCCGUGUUGCUCGAGCUAGGCGGAAAAGCUGCCGCAGUCAUUUUGGAUGAUGCGGACUUGGACAAGGCUGCCAUGAACUGUGCUCUUGGAUCCUUCAUGCACUCCGGUCAAAUCUGCAUGUCGACCGAGCGACUUGUCGUGCAGCGCUCGAUCGCAGACAAGUUCCGUCAAAAGCUCGUCGCUACCACCGAGAAGCUUUUCGGCAAGGAUGCACCCGCGCUGGUUUUGGUCAACGCUGCAGCUGCCUCAAAGAACAAGAAGCUCGUGGCGGAUGCCGUCUCCCGCGGAGCCAAGGUCCUCUUCGGUGACGCCGAGACCAAUGAGUCCAUCAACACCAGUAUGCGGCCGAUCAUCGUCGACGGUGUUACCAAGGAGAUGGACAUGUAUGCGACCGAGUCAUUCGGCCCGACUGUGUCUCUCAUCGUGGUCGACACCGAAGAGGAUGCGAUCGCCCAGGCUAAUGACACGGAAUACGGCCUCACUGCGGCUGUGUACACAAGCAACCUCUUCCGCGGCUUGCGGGUGGCCAAGCAAAUUGAAUCUGGUGCCGUCCACAUUAACUCCAUGACCGUGCAUGACGAGGCUAUUCUCCCCCACGGCGGCUGGAAGAGCAGCGGCUUCGGUCGCUUCGGAGGCAUUUCGGGAUAUGACGAAUUCGUCCAGACUAAGACUGUGACCUGGCAGGAGUAG